UGGAAAUCUAUGGAGGGCAAGGGCGCCAUGCGAACUCCCUCUCAAUCUCUGUCUCAAUCUAAACCUUUUCCCCCAGUUUUGAUUUGUAGAUAAAAUAGAAGUGAUUGUAGUACUAAAUAAGAACAAGAUUCAUCGCUCCUGGUUCCCUUUUUUCUAGAUUUCUUCUUGAUUUAGGUUAAGGUUUCCCCAAUACACAAGAGUGCAGAGAUUUGUAAUACUAGUGGGAAUCGUCGGUUGGAUUAAGAAGCGUUGUGGGAGUGCGGAGGGAUUGCAAUUGAUAGUGGGAAAUAAAGGAAAGAGAUGAAGCUGACUCCGAAUUCUGAUUUUUGCCCUGGUUGCAGCUUCAGUUUCUUCUUAAUCUUCUGAGACAUCAUUUCGUUUCAUGGCCGCCAAUUCUCAAUCCCAGCAUCGAUGCGUUUUUGUUGGGAAUAUACCUUAUGAUGCUACUGAAGAGCAGCUUAUUCAAAUAUGUGAGGAGGUCGGCCCUGUUGUUUCCUUCAGAUUAGUUAUUGAUAGAGAAACUGGGAAACCAAAGGGUUAUGGGUUCUGUGAGUACAAGGAUGAAGAGACAGCUCUAAGUGCUCGUCGUAAUCUUCAGGGCUAUGAGAUAAAUGGACGGCAGCUGAGAGUUGACUUUGCUGAGAAUGACAAGAAUGCUGACAGGAACCGUGAACAGGGGCGUGGUGGCCCUGGUGUUUUUCCAAAUGCUGAUGCUUCAAGACAAUUUGGGGGUCAAGCACUCCUUGGACAUCCCAGUCUUCACCAGCCAAUAGGUGAUUCAGUUGCUAUGGCAGCUGCAACUGUCAUGGCUGGAGCACUUGGAUCUGCUCAGACUGCUAGCACAUCAGGUCAGAUAGGAUUGCAAAGGCAAUCCUUGUUGGGCACUGAUCCUCUGACUCGUCAUUUGGCCAAAAUGUCAAGGAGUCAGCUGAUGGAAAUUGUGUCUGAAAUCAAGACAGUGGCUACACAAAAUAAAGAACAAGCUCGACAGCUCUUACUAGCCAUCCCAACCUUGCCAAAAGCUCUUUUUCAGGCCCAGAUUAUGCUAGGGAUGGUGCCCCAACAAAUGUUGCAGCAGAUGCCAAAUAUUCGGCAAGCUUCUACACAACCAGUGCAGUCAUUGGUGCAAAGUGCUCAAAAUCUUCCUGGCCUGCCUCCACUUCCACAGAACAAAAUGCAACUGGGUGUGCUCCCUUAUGCACAUGAAAGUCGAGUUUCCACUGGUGUACCAAAACAAUAUGCUGCAGUUCAGCAAAUUCCUACACAAUCUCAAAUUCAACGUCCACAACUAAUGCAAAACCAAGUCCUACAGCAAGGUCAACUACUUGCGCAAUCUGGAGUCUCAUCUCUUCCCUCUAUUCACCACCAAUCAUUUGGUGGUCUGUCAGUUGGACCACAAACCCCACAAUCUUCCUCUUCUUUUGACCAAAUGCAACAUCCUUUGUCACAAAAUGUAGGCUCAGUUCCACCUACUAAUCCAGGUUAUAAUUAUCAGCCAAUGUCUCAGAACACCGGCACACAUCCUUCUGUGCUUGUACGCCCACAAUUUUCAGCUGCAGGCUUUCAGCCUAGCUCCUCAACAUCCCCUGCUGUUCUGGAGGAUAUGGAUCUGAAAGUGCAUUCAUUAAGUCUCCCUGGAAAAACAAGAAUGGUUAGCAACAGCACGGACCUAGUGGACAGAGCGUCAAAAAUGGUGAAAUUGAAUGAGGGAAGGGCUACCCCUUCUUCACAGGCUGUAAAUAUAGCCACUCUGUCUGCACCAUUCCCAACUUCAAACAUUCCAGGAAGACAAGCUCCCAGAGUAGACGAAACUCGAAACUCUGAGAAACAAGCUUCUCAGAUGCAACUUCCGCCAGAUGUAGAUUCUACACUGCUUCAGCAAGUGCUGAAUCUGACACCAGAGCAGCUAAGUUCCCUGCCACCGGACCAGCAGCAGCAAGUGAUUCAACUUCAGCAGAUGCUCCGGCAGGCAACCUAGUUUCAUGUAUUACAGUAUUAGUUCCCCUACCCAACCAAAAGGUUUAUUUCUCCUCUCUAGUAUGUUGAGGAUGAAAACGGGCAAUUUUUUACUGAAUCAAUUUUACAUUGUAAAGUGAUUAUUAGGUCUAGAUGCACGGGAGUCGUGGCAUUCAUGUAACACUACAAACUUCUUGUUACGAUUGAGAUGAACAGAACAUGUAAAGGAAUAGAAAUUUUGGCUUUCCUCUUCAUCUUUUGCUUUGUUUAAUCAUAAGCUCUUAAUAGUAUUUCUCGA